UUUUUUUUUUUAAGGUUAGGCUUGAAACUUGUCAAAUCAGCGGAGCGUAAAUUCCUUCAAACGGUUGCUGAGAUUUCAUUAUAACGCUGUUCCCACGGGAACGACCGGCUGUGUUAUUGUCGGCUGUUCUAAGGUCGUCGCUUUUGUGUGUGUGUGGCCGACAGGAAGAGCACAGAAUGACGAGCAGUUUAAAGAGGAAAGAAGAAAGUCAUCUGGCGAACGGGGGAGUGAAACAGUCCACAUGGAGCAAAGCGCUCAGCAGUAACGCUGUUUGGGAGGACAAGGAUGAGUUUUUAGAUGUGGUUUACUGGCUUCGGCAGAUUAUUGCAGUAAUUCUUGGAGUGAUAUGGGGUGUUGCACCAUUGAAAGGGUUUCUGGGAAUAGCCAUAUUCUGCAUCAUCAAUGCUGGCGUCCUGUAUGUGUACUUCAGCAGUUUUCAGCAGAUCGACGAGGAAGAGUAUGGUGGCACAUGGGAGCUCACUAAAGAAGGCUUUAUGACAUCUUUUGCUUUGUUUCUGGUGGUGUGGGUAAUCUUCUACACAGCUCUACAUUUUGACUGAGGGG